UGUGCAAUAGUUUAUGUGACAUCCCAUUUAUAAUGUUCUGUAAACCCACCCCUCGUUAUUUGUUGAUUGAAUAGCUUAUACGAGAUACGGCAUCUGUUUGUGUUUUUCACUGCUCUCCGCGAUCGCGAUCGUUGCUUAUCAGCCUGAUACCUGGUUCUCUCUCGCGCUCCGAAUUGGCCAAAUGUUUAUUUCUGUCACCACUACACGGCGGAGAGUGCUAUCAGCAUAGCCAACUUCGGGCGCCGCCGUCACCACAAACCGUCCAUUUGCCAUCGGACGUUCAAAGGAGAAACACACGCACUCAACUUGCUAAAAAUAAUUCAAAAUUUAAGAAAAUAGGCGUGCCUCUAUUGACCAAAAGAAUUGAACUAUAAUGACACAUCUGACAAAAAAUUUCGCACGUCCAGAAAAGAAUGAGGAGGUUGUGACCUUCGGCAGUCUGGAUCCGUCGGUUCAAGAACUUCUGACAGCUGCUUUUCAAGUGCGCCAGCGGGCAUACGUUCCAUAUAGUGGCUUCAAAGUUGGGGCUGCUUUUCGGGCCAAGGUCGAUGGAAAGAUCUUCACUGGCUGCAAUGUGGAAAACGCCGCCUUUACGCCGGGCUCUUGUGCCGAGAGAACGGCCAUUGCUAAGGCCGUAAGCGAAGGAGCCACCGAAUUUUUGGCAGGUGCUGUUUUGGCCUACGAACCUAAUGUAUUCACCACUCCUUGCGGCGUUUGUCGUCAGUUUAUACGCGAGUUUGCCAACGCGGAUAUACCCAUAUAUGUGGCCCAGGCGAUCGAUGCGAGGAUUGCUGAAAAGCAGGAACUUUUGCAGAGUGACGAUCCCGUCAUGUGCACCUCAAUCUUUAAUCUGUUGCCGAGCAGUUUUCACACCUAUCGAAAGUAACGACCACUGCAGGCAAGAACCGAAAAUAGGCAGAAGGUAGCUAGGUAAAGGUUGUUUCUCAACCCCUUGCUGCCUCUAAUCAAUAUAAUUUUGAUCUAAUCACUUGCAAUAAAGAAAAUUACACU